AUGGUGCUGAACGCAAUUCUGGUUACGUCAGCACUGAAGGGUGCCGUGGGAACAAGUUUCUGGCUGCUGCCACUUCUACUGGCAGGACUGACGUACUUCCGGUACGACCUGGUUGACCCGGAGAGCAAGCCGAUCGACCGAUACCCGGUGGAUUCGGAGUACGAUUUCGUGGUCGUCGGUGGUGGUUCAGCCGGUGCUGUAGUGGCGAGCCGGUUGUCUGAAGUGCCGGAGUGGAAGGUGCUGCUACUGGAAGCGGGGCCGGACGAAAACGAGAUAACGGACGUUCCUUCCUUAUCGGCCUACUUGCAGCUGACGAAGCUGGACUGGCAGUACAAGACAGAACCGACGGGGAUGGCGUGCUUGGCGAUGAAGGGAGCGCGAUGCAACUGGCCGAGGGGUAAAGUGCUGGGAGGAUCGAGCGUCCUGAACUACAUGCUCUACGUGCGAGGAAAUCGGGAGGAUUACGAGCACUGGGAGGCGCUGGGCAACCCGGGAUGGGGCUACGAGCAAGCUCUGCACUACUUCAAAAAGUCCGAAGACAACAGAAAUCCUUAUCUGGCGAAGAGCCCCUACCAUGGAACCGGGGGCUUGUUGACUGUUCAAGAAGCUCCGUGGCGCACGCCCCUCGUCGUCGCAUUUGUCCAGGCUGGAGUCGAAAUCGGCUACCAGAAUCGAGACAUUAACGGCGAACUUCAGACUGGUUUCAUGAUCGCUCAGGGCACCAUAAGACGCGGGUCAAGGUGCUCAACGGCAAAGGCUUUCCUCAGACCAGUCAGGCUCAGACGGAACAUUCAUACCGCGAUGAACGCACACGUGACUAAAGUCCUGAUAGACCCUUUAACCUUAAGAGCCCUAGGAGUGGAAUUCAUUAGGAACGGUAAACGCCACGUAGUCAGGGCCAGAAAAGAAGUAAUUCUAUCAGCCGGAGCCAUAAACUCUCCGCAGAUUUUAAUGCUCUCCGGAAUCGGACCCAAGGAACACCUUCGGCACAUCGGAGUCCCAGUGCUGAUGGACCUAAAGGUGGGCGACAACCUGCAGGACCACGUUGCGAUGGGAGGUCUGACCUUCCUGGUCGACAAGCCGGUGGCAAUAGUCCAGGACCGGUUCUCCCCGGUUGGAAUGGCGAUGCGAUACCUCGCGGAGGGCGCAGGGCCAAUGACGACCCUGGGGGGAGUAGAAGGCCUGGCCUUCGUUAACACGAAGUUUGCGAACGAGUCCGGGACCUGGCCAGACGUCCAAUUCCAUAUGGCGCCAGCCUCGAUAAACUCGGACGCUGGAGCGCAGGUGAGACGAAUCUUUGGACUGACUGAUAGAGUAUACGACACGGUGUACAAACCGAUAGCUAACAAAGAUGCCUGGACAAUAAUGCCACUGUUGUUGCGGCCGCGGUCCAGAGGGACAGUGCGACUGCGAAGUUCCAACCCUUUUCACAAGCCCAUUAUCAACGCGAACUACUUCUCGGACCCAAGAGACGUCGCGGUGCUCAUCGAGGGAGUCAAGAUCGCCAUGAGGGUCAGCGAGGCGGAGGUUUUCCGGCAGUUUGGCUCUCGAGUUCAUCGUCGGAAGCUCCCCGGGUGUCAGCAUCUAAGGUUCGCGUCUGAUGCUUACUGGGAAUGCCAGAUCAGACACAUUUCCAUGACCAUUUAUCACCCCGUUGGGACAGCUAAAAUGGGACCGAGAAGUGAUCGCAAUGCGGUUGUUGAUCCUGAGCUCAAAGUUCAUGGUGUCAAAGGACUUCGUGUCAUCGAUGCUUCCAUUAUGCCGACAAUAACAAGUGGAAAUACCAAUGCUCCGGUUAUUAUGAUCGCUGAGAAGGGAGCUGAUCUCAUUAAGAGCGACUGGCUCGCUGGCAAUGUUGGGAAAACAUGACCACUCGUCACGAUUUAAGGAAUAGAUUUUCUGAUUGGGGUCGAUGAAGUUUA